CUAACUUACCUAGCAGGGUCAAACUCAGGUUUGAGCCAAAGGGGAAGAGAGAGGACGGGAAAAGACCCAGGCAAGACCAGACAGGACUUAUGCUGGGGGACGACUAUUUAAAUGACAUCUGUUACAAGGGAAGAGCUAUGACUUUCAUUCAUUGCCACUUAAGGACAAACAGAAGUCAAAAUACAAAGGUAAGGAAAAACAUCACAUAUUUUUAGGAAGGAAAAAAAAACUUACUUGACUUUUAUAGAGCAUCAAACAUAUAUUCAUCUGUUAUAUUGAAGUGCUAAAAUAAUCUAAACAUAUCAUUUUUGUGGCAGUUUAUUGAGUUCUUGUUUUAUGAUGUCUAAGUAUGACUUUUUCCAUUUCAUUUUUCAAGAUGUGCAUCGCUCUGGCCCUUUUGGUGCUCUCUCUAAUCGCAGCUCCUGAGUGCACAGCUCUUCCAAUUCAGAGCAACUCCAUCAGAAAUAACAUACACAUCAUUCAAAACAUUAUUCAGAUAACUCUAGUUCACAUUAAGAAACUGGAGAAUGAGGUAACCUCACGGAUAGAAGUAUCCACUCCAGCCAUCAAUGGACUGACUGGCAUCAGCCUCUACCUUGAGUAUUUAGAUAAUGAACUGCAGAGCCCGUUCACAGAUCUCCUGAAGCAGAUUCAAGCUGAUGUUUCCGGUCUGGACAAAAGAGUGCGCUCUCUCGCCUUAAUAAUUGACUGUCCCAUCCAGGAAAAAACAAGUAGGGAGCCCCCUGUGUAUUUGUUCCCUGACAGUCAGCACUAUGUGACGUUGGCAAAAGUACAGAACUACCUGGAGAACCUUCUUUUAAAUAAGGACAAACUUGAGGUGUGUUGACAAAUAUGCUUAUAUUUAACAAAAAUGGUGCAAUGAUGUCAAUAUUUAUAUUUU